UAGCCCAAAAAUUUAAAAAAAAAAAAAAAAAAAAAAAAAAAAAGACUGAUCGAAGAUCAAAUCAUGUUACAAAUGAAUGCCUUAACAGAGAGUCUUAUGUCAAAUGCAUUCGAUUUAAUGGAGGGAUCGUCGGUGGCUCAACAAUUUUUAGAAAAUCAUAUGGGUUAUAUAAGACAGAGACAACAGUUAACGCAAUUGGAACAACAACAACAACAGCAAGAAGCGCAAAAUUUAUUUCAUAUAAAUGCGCAGCAACAGCAACAACAAAAACAACGUGAAAUACAUAUAAUGCCAACAAAUUUGGUAAAUUCUUCGACAUCGUCAUCGCCGUCAUUAUCGUCCUCUUCAUCGUCGGGCUCAUCGCCAACAGCGUCAUCAUCUAAUAGUCACAAUUUGCAAUACAAUAAAAUAUAUUUGCAACAAGUCACUAGAACAGCGCAACAGCAACAGCAACAGCAACAACAGCAUCGUCAGCAGCGACAACAACAACAUCAACGCAAACAUUCCUUUGUUAAAACGCACAUAGAUAAUGUUAUCAAUGAUAAAAACGAUAAUCAACAUUUUAAUCAAUUAACACAAUUUAAUUUACAACUGCAACAGAUGGAUGUUCAACAGCAGCAGCAGCAGCAACAACAACAACAGCAGCAGCAGCAACAGCAGCAUUUGCCGCAACAGCAAUCAGCUAAUAAUGCGCAGACUACAGCCAUUAAUAAUAACAACAACAAUCAUAAUAAUAAUAAUAAUAAUAAUAACAAUAGUCAGAAUCAUAAUGCCAACGGCAAUAGCGUAACUGUGCUUAGCCGUAGCACUCUAUCACCUCUACAGCAACAGCAACAACCGCAAACACAACAACAAUUAUUACAACAACCUGCAUCCACCGCGAAUGCUAUUAUCAGCAAUUUAACUUCAAAUGCCAGCUCGUCGGCAACAAUUCUAACCCAGCAAUUACAGCAGCAACAGCAGCAACAGCAGCAACAGCAACAGCAGCAACAUCAUCACACACACCAGCAUCCGCAUCAGCAUCAGCACGCUGCUAGUUCAACAUCUCCUUUUAAGUCAUGUUGGUGCCUUGGUGAGUCUGUUUGUUCUGGAAUUGAGGUUGAAAUUGAAAAUAAUAAUAAUAACAAUCAUUAUCAUCAUGGUGAUACAACUUAUCACAUGAAAAUCCUUGUACCGGCGGUGGCCUCCGGAGCCAUUAUAGGCAAAGGAGGUGAAACCAUAGCGUCUUUGCAAAAGGAUACUGGUGCUCGUGUUAAAAUGUCCAAAUCACAUGACUUUUACCCAGGUACUACUGAACGGGUCUGCCUUAUAACUGGCAGUGUAGAGGGUAUUAUGACGGUGCUUGAUUUUAUUAUGGACAAAAUACGAGAGAAACCCGAUUUAAGUGCCAAAAUUUUAGAGGCCGAAAGCAAGCAGACACAGGAACGUGAUAAGCAAGUAAAAAUUUUGGUGCCCAACUCCACCGCCGGCAUGAUUAUCGGUAAAGGUGGUGCUUAUAUUAAGCAAAUUAAAGAGGAGAGUGGCUCAUAUGUGCAGAUCUCACAAAAACCCAAAGAUAUAUCUCUUCAAGAGCGUUGUAUAACGAUAAUAGGCGAUAAGGAGAACAAUAAAAAUGCCUGUAAAAUGAUUUUAUCAAAAAUUGUCGAAGAUCCUCAAUCGGGCACAUGCUUGAAUGUUUCGUAUGCCGACGUAAGUGGUCCAGUUGCCAAUUUUAAUCCGACCGGGUCGCCUUAUGCCACCAAUCAAAAUGCCAUAAAUUCGAGUACCGCCUCGUUAAACUCCACAUUAGGAACGACUAUAGGGGGAGCGGCCACGGCUGCUGGCUUAUUAGUAAAUGGAACCGGGAUUAAUUUUUCAUUAAAUUUAAGUGCCCCAAAUCCAGCACCUAAUCUAGCGGUAGCUACACAACUAUUGGAACAUAUUAAGCAGGUCGCAUUGCGCGGUUAUGGUUACACCGAGACCGCUACAACGGAGGUUUGUGCUGCUUUAGGUGUUUUGGCUAAAUACGGUGUGCUCGGCAUGGGAGUCGGUUUGCCGCAUGCCAAUGGUGCUCAUACUGCGCUCGGUAGCUAUUUGGACAUGUCUACAUUAAAUCAGCAAACAGCAGCUGCUACUGCCGCCACGGCCGGAAAUGUUUUUGGCGCAGUAGGUCAAGUUAAUUUAGAACAAUACGCGGUCGCAGCGGCUGCUGCAGCUGCCACACGACCUGCACAGUCACUUGAUGUCGCUGCCGCAGCCGCCCAAUUUGAUCCAUUCCGCCAUUUGAGUACGGCUGCAGCUUCAGCGGCGCAAGCCACUACACCAGUAUCGCUGAAUAAUAACAGUUUUGGUUUAACUGCCGCUACUGGUACACCAUCGACAGCUCCUACUCUGGGUGCCACAGCGGCUCACACAUUGACAGGCCUAAGUAAGAGCCCAACACCGGGCGAUUUAAGUGCCAAGGAUUCAAAGAAUGUGGAAAUUCCCGAAGUUAUCGUAGGCGCUAUAUUAGGUCCAAAUGGCCGUAGUUUAGUUGAAAUUCAACAUGUGUCCGGCGCAAAUGUUCAAAUUUCAAAAAAGGGUAUUUUCGCACCUGGCACUAGAAAUCGUAUUGUAACAAUUACUGGUCAACCGAGUGCCAUUGCAAAAGCUCAAAUAUUAAUUGAACAAAAAAUCAACGAGGAGGAGACAAAACGAGCGCGACAAAUUCCAUUAACCACUGUUGUGAAUUAAAUUAAAAAGCAAAAGAUGUAAUAAAAACAAAGAAAACCACAAAAAAAAAAACUAAAUAAAAU